AUGGGCCCAGCUCAGGCGAGGAGCUCAGCACUGAACGCCUUCAGGUUCAGAUCCCGGUCCUGUCCCUUCCCGGCCCGGCCUGGCCGCUGGGCCGUUGUGUUUGGCAGCCUCGUGUGCGCGUGCGCGCUCUCCCGGCAGGGCUCCCGCUGCUGUUUAUUUGUGAAGCGGGAGCCCACGCGGAGUGACAGCAGCAGGCCAGCACACCCGGGGCGGCUCCUGCGCUCCGCCCGGCCGCUCCUGUUCUGGGAGCCGCUGUCCCCGCAGCGUGCCGGCCUCAGGGGCGCCUCCGGCCCAAAGCCAGCGCCCCAAGACUGGAACAUCACGUGGUACAACAGCAACCCCGACUUCACCAAGUGCUUCCAGAACACGGCGCUGGCCUGGGCGCCCUGCGCCUACCUCUGGCUCUGCUUCCCCCUCUACUUCCUCUACCUGUCCCGCCAUGGCCGCGGCUACAUCCAGAUGACGCGCCUCAACAAAGCCAAGACUGCCUUGGGGUUCCUGCUGUGGGUCGUGUGCUGGGCAGACCUGUUCUACACUUUCUGGGAAAGAAGUCAGGGCACGCCGCUGGCGCCGGUGCUGCUGGUCAGCCCCACGCUGCUGGGCAUCACCAUGCUGCUCGCCACCUUCCUCAUCCAGCUGGAGCGGAGGAAGGGGGUGCAGUCGUCAGGGAUCAUGCUCACGUUCUGGCUCGUCGCCCUCCUCUGCGCCCUGGUCAUCUUGAGGUCCAAGAUCAUGGCCGCCUUGCGAGACGGUGCGCCGGUGGACGCGUUCCGCGACGCCACGUUCUACGUGUACUUCACCCUCGUGCUCGCGCAGCUCGCGCUCGCCUGCUUCUCCGACCGCGCGCCCCUCUUCUCCGAGACCAUCCAUGACCCGAACCCGUGCCCGGAGUCCGGCGCCUCUUUCCUGUCCAGGAUCACGUUCUGGUGGAUCACCGGGCUGAUGGUGCGGGGGUACCGCCGGCCCCUGGAGGCCAGCGACCUCUGGUCCUUGAACAAGGAGGACACGUCGGAGCAGGUGGUGCCCGUGCUGGUGAGGAACUGGAAGAAGGAGUGUGCCAAGUCCUGCAGGCAGCCGGUGCGGAUCCAGUACUCCAGCAAGGAGCCCCCCAAGCCCCAAGGGGGCGCCCCGGCAGACGCGAGCGAGGAGGCGGAGGCGCUGCUCCUCAAGGCCCCCCAGAAGGAGCGCAACCCCUCCCUCUUCCGCGUGCUCUACAAGACCUUCGGGCCCCACUUCCUCAUGAGCUUCCUGUUCAAGGCCCUCCACGACCUCAUGAUGUUCACCGGCCCCGAGAUCCUCAAGUGGCUCAUCGCCUUCAUCAACGACCCGCGGGCCCCCGACUGGCAGGGCUACUUGUACACGGCGCUGCUGUUCGUCAGCGCCUGCCUGCAGACGCUGCUGCUGCACCAGUACUUUCACAUCUGCUUCGUCAGCGGCAUGCGCAUCAAGACCGCCGUCAUCGGGGCCGUGUACCGCAAGGCCCUAGUGAUCACCAAUGCCGCCCGGAAGUCGUCCACCGUGGGAGAGAUCGUGAACCUCAUGUCGGUGGACGCCCAGCGCUUCAUGGACCUGGCCACGUACAUUAACAUGGUGUGGUCGGCCCCGCUGCAGGUCGCCCUGGCGCUCUACCUCCUGUGGCUGAACCUGGGCCCCUCCGUGCUAGCGGGCGUGGCCGUCAUGAUCCUCAUGGUGCCUUUCAACGCAGUGAUGGCCAUGAAGACCAAGACCUACCAGGUGGCGCACAUGAAGAGCAAGGACAACCGCAUCAAGCUGAUGAACGAGGUCCUGAACGGCAUCAAGGUGCUGAAGCUGUACGCCUGGGAGCUGGCGUUCCGGGACAAGGUCAUGGCCAUCCGGCAGGAGGAGCUAAAGGUGCUCAAGAAAUCCGCCUACCUGGCGGCCGUGGGCACCUUCACCUGGGUCUGCACCCCCUUCCUGGUGGCCCUGUCCACCUUCGCCGUGUACGUGAUGGUGGACGAGAAGAACAUCCUGGACGCGCAGCGGGCCUUCGUGUCCCUGGCCCUGUUCAACAUCCUCCGCUUCCCUCUCAACAUCCUCCCCAUGGUCAUCAGCAGCAUCGUGCAGGCCAGCGUCUCCCUCAAGCGGCUGAGGGUCUUCCUGUCCCACGAGGAGCUGGAUCCCCACAGCAUCGAGCGGAGGCCCAUGAAGGAGGACGGCGGGGACACACACAGCAUCGCCGUGAAGAACGCCACGUUCACGUGGGCCAGGGGCGAAACUCCCUCCCUGAACGGAAUCUCCUUCUCCGUCCCCGAGGGUGCCCUGGUGGCCGUGGUGGGCCAGGUGGGCUGCGGGAAGUCGUCCCUGCUCUCGGCCCUCCUGGCGGAGAUGGACAAGGUGGAGGGGCACGUGUCUUUGAAGGGCUCCGUGGCCUACGUGCCCCAGCAGGCCUGGAUCCAGAAUGACUCCCUCCGGGAGAACAUCGUGUUCGGCCGGCCCCUGCGGGAGCGGCACUACCGGGCCGUGCUGGAGGCCUGCGCCCUCCUCCCCGACCUGGAGAUCCUCCCCAGCGGGGACCGCACCGAGAUCGGCGAGAAGACGCGGCUGCUGGUGACGCACGGCCUCAGCUACCUGCCGCAGGCCGACAUCGUCGUGGUCAUGAGCGGCGGCAAGAUCUCGGAGAUGGGCUCCUACCAGGAGCUGCUGGCCCGGGACGGCGCCUUCGCCGAGCUCCUGCGCACCUACGCCGCCUCGGAGCAGGACGAGGGGGCGGGGAGGGGGGAGGAAUCUGGGGGGUCUGGCUCCCCAGGUCUGGGGUCUGCUCGAGCCGCGGCCGGGUGGCGUCCCUCUGCUCAGAGGGUGACAGCCCCGCCUUCCUCCCCCUGCGUCUCCCCAGGGCCCCUCGGCCCCGGCAGUCAGCGGAAGGAGGCCAAGCCAGUGGAGAAUGGCAUGCUGGUGUCAGACAACAUGGGGAAGCUGCAGAGGCAGCUGAGCAGCAGCUCCUCAUACAGCGGGGAUGCCAGCAAGCACCACGCCAGCACCGCCGAGCUGCCGGAGGCCGGCAGCAAGGAGGAGGCCUGGAGGCUGAUGGAGACCGACAAGGCGCAGACCGGCCAGGUGAAGCUCACCGUGUACUGGGAAUACAUGAAGGCCAUCGGCCUCUUCAUCUCCUUCCUGAGCAUCUUCCUGUUCCUGUGUAACCACGUCUCCGCCCUGGCCUCCAACUACUGGCUCAGCCUCUGGACGGACGACCCUAUCGUCAACGGGACCCAGGGGCUCACCAAGCUCCGGCUGGGCGUCUACGGAGCCCUGGGCAUUUUACAAGGAAUCGCCGUGUUCGGCUACUCCAUGACGGUGUCCAUCGGGGGCAUCCUGGCCUCCCGCCGCCUGCACCUGGACCUGCUGCACAACGUCCUCCGCUCGCCCAUGAGCUUCUUCGAGCGCACGCCCAGCGGGAACCUGGUGAACCGCUUCUCCAAGGAGCUGGACACGGUGGACUCCAUGAUCCCGCAGGUCAUCAAGAUGUACAUGGGCUCCCUCUUCAACGUGGUGGGCGCCUGCGUCAUCAUCCUGCUGGCCACGCCCAUCGCCGCCGUCAUCAUCCCGCCCCUGGGCCUUGUCUACUUCUUCGUGCAGAGGUUCUACGUGGCCUCCUCCCGGCAGCUCAAGCGCCUCGAGUCGGUCAGCCGCUCCCCCGUCUACUCGCACUUCAACGAGACCCUGCUGGGGGUCAGCGUCAUCCGCGCCUUUGAGGACCAGGAGCGCUUCGUGCGCCAGAGCGACCUGAAGGUGGAUGAGAACCAGAAGGCCUACUACCCCAGCAUCGUGGCCAACCGGUGGCUGGCCGUGCGGCUGGAGUAUGUCGGCAACUGCAUCGUCCUGUUUGCCGCCCUGUUCUCAGUCAUCUCCAGAAACAGCCUCAGCGCCGUGGGCCGGCAGGGCCUCAGCGCCGGCCUGGUAGGCCUGUCCGUGUCUUACUCCCUGCAGGUCACAACGUACCUCAACUGGCUGGUCCGGAUGUCCUCCGAGAUGGAGACCAACAUCGUGGCCGUGGAGAGGCUCAAGGAGUACUCAGAGACGGAGAAGGAGGCUCCCUGGCAGAUCAGGGAGACGGCCCCGCCCAGCAGCUGGCCCCAGGAGGGCCGGGUGGAAUUCCGAGACUACGGCCUGCGUUACCGAGACGACCUGGACAUGGUUCUCAAGCACAUCAACGUCACCAUCAACGGCGGAGAAAAGGUUGGCAUUGUGGGCCGGACGGGAGCUGGGAAGUCAUCUCUGACCCUGGGCCUGUUUCGGAUCAAUGAGUCCGCAGAGGGAGAGAUCAUCAUCGAUGGCGUCAACAUUGCCAAGAUCGGCCUGCACAACCUGCGCUUCAAGAUCACUAUCAUCCCGCAGGACCCCGUUUUGUUCUCGGGCUCGCUGCGCAUGAACCUAGACCCAUUCAGCCAGUACUCGGAUGACGACGUCUGGACGGCGCUGGAGCUGGCUCACCUGAAGGGCUUCGUCUCGACCCUUCCUGACAGGCUGGAACACGAGUGUGCAGAAGGCGGGGAGAACCUCAGCGUGGGGCAGCGGCAGCUCGUGUGCCUGGCCCGCGCCCUGCUGAGGAAGACGAAGAUCCUGGUGCUGGACGAGGCCACGGCCGCCGUGGACCUGGAGACGGAUGACCUCAUCCAGUCCACCAUCCGGACGCAGUUCCACGACUGCACGGUGCUCACCAUCGCCCACCGGCUCAACACCAUCAUGGACUACACCAGGGUGAUUGUCCUGGACAAGGGCGAGAUCUGCGAGUGCGGUUCGCCGGCGCAGCUCCUGCAGGACAGGGGGCUCUUCUACAGCAUGGCCAAAGACGCCGGCCUGGUGUGAGGCCCGCAGCCGGUGCCCGACCAGAACUGCAAGGCCCACGGCCCCGCACCCCGGGGCGAGCCGGCACCCUGGGGGGGGGGCCCGGCCUCCCACACAGAAACCAAAAACGAAGAAAGAAAACCAACCGCACCCCCACCCCCCACCCCCAGCGCCAAAACACAGCAAGCAGCAGCCGCUGCCCGGCCCUGCUUAGAGGCAGAGAUGCCUCCCACCCCAAACGUGUGCCCUGGCCUCUGACGCGCACCCCACAAGAUGCGCACCCCACAAGACGCGCACCUCAGAUUGCAGGCCCGGCUCCCACGGAGGGGGCUGCGGCACCCACAGUCGCCUUCUCGAGAAAUUGGUUGUGCGAAACACGCUAGUGACCAAACCCAGCCAACUGCCUUGCACCUCUCCACGGCCACGUGGCUUUCCCCGCAGCCUCCCGUCACCUCCAGUGUCCUGACGCCUGCCGGACGCCUCGCUCCGCCCCCUCGGGGCCCCGGACUGUCCUCGCGACCACCUCUCGUCUUCCAGCUGCUCCGGGGCCCGGGGGGCAGAGGCAGCGCCCAGCAAUGUCUCCGAUGGGAUUUGCGUCAGUGACGAGAGGCACCCUCCCCCCCCCGGGGUGAAGGGGGGCUCAGGCACCCCCAGAGCUCAUCCUCCGAACCCACCCUCCCCCAGCUCGCCCUCCCCGCCUUCUUCCCGCCCCUGCCGCUUGGAUGGGAUGGGCCUCUCACAAGGUCUGCCAACGCACAUCCAAGGUCACAACUGGACACCUCCAAGGUCAACAGCACGGACCGCCGCUGGAUACCAAAAAGCCCCCCGAGUCCCUCGUUUUCAGAGCUCAGUUUCUCCCCUGGACACCCGGCAGCCGCCUCCGGCUCCCCAGCCCCUCACUAAGUGCUGCUCCAGGGAGGAAGCCAGCGUGGAGAGCUGCCUUUCCAAGAGGGGUGCGCAGGGGGACAGCGCCCCAAGGCCGCCGCCGGGCCUGGCUUUGCACUUGACCUUUGGCUCGUGUGUGGUCUUUCCAGGCGGGUCUGCGGGGGAGAGGUCUCGGUGACACCCCCCGAAGCAGCGAGGCCCCACAGCUGCCCGGGACUCGCGCCCGCCGUGAGUUCUGCUGCCGACUUUUUUCUUUUAAGUGGAAAUGUAUAUUUAUUUUUUUUGUAAGUUAAGCCAUUCUUUCACGUUCGAGAACCCAGGUUUUCCUUGGGCCUCUUUUUGUAAUGACUUAACACUGGAAACGUGAACACUUGCGAGUAAUUUUCAGUAAAACAAAAUAUUUUAUUUCUUUCUAAA